AGAGGUUGGUGGCACUGCCUUGACGAGUGUGUGUGUGAGAGAGAGAGAGAGUGGGGUGGGAAGAGAAGAGAAGGAAGUGAAUGCUUCUGAGCUGCAAACGCGCGGUUCCAAGGCUGACAAUCAAUCACGGCAACGCGGGCACAGCAGCAGCAGCAGCAGAAACAGCAGCAGAGGCGGCAGCAACAGCAAGAGCAAGGCUUAAGUUUCUCACAGCCAGCACUUGGUACAAAAACACUACUCCUCAACCUGGAAUCAUGUCAGUGCUGGCGCUGCAGGAAUAUGAAUUCGAGAGACAAUUCAACGAGAGAGAAGCCAUUCAAUGGAUGCAGGAAAACUGGAAGAAGUCUUUCUUAUAUUCAGCUCUAUAUGCUGCAUUCAUAUUUGGUGGUCGGCACAUGAUGAAACAACGAACAAAGUUUGAGCUGCGGAAACCCUUGGUACUGUGGUCACUGAGCCUUGCCCUCUUCAGUAUUAUCGGAGCUGUGCGUACUGGAGCGUACAUGGUGUAUAUCCUGACAACCAGUGGCUUGAAGCAGUCGGUAUGUGAUCAAGGUUUCUACAAUGGGCCGAUCAGCAAAUUCUGGGCAUAUGCAUUUGUGUUGAGCAAAGCACCUGAGUUAGGAGACACAAUGUUCAUUAUAUUACGGAAACAGAAGCUGAUCUUCCUGCACUGGUACCAUCACAUCACAGUCCUGCUGUACUCCUGGUACUCUUACAAAGACAUGGUGGCUGGAGGAGGGUGGUUUAUGACCAUGAACUAUGGCGUGCACGCUGUCAUGUACUCGUACUACGCUUUGCGAGCUGCUGGCUUCCGAGUCUCGCGCAAGUUUGCCAUGUUCAUCACUAUGACGCAAAUCACCCAGAUGAUCCUGGGCUGCGUGGUUAACUAUUUGGUGUAUGAGUGGAUGCAGCAGGGCCAGUGCCCGUCCCAUAUGCACAACAUUGUCUGGUCUUCCCUCAUGUACCUCAGUUACUUUGUGCUGUUUUGCCAGUUUUUUCACGGGGCCUACCUGAGCAGCAGCACCGGGAAAGCACUGAAGGCCAACUAGAUCUGAGUGGCUAAAGGUUAAAGCUCAGGGGAUAUGUUAUGUGGCACGGUGACAUGUUUCAAGUGCUUCGAAAUGACUGCCUGUAUGUGUUAGGUUGGUUUAAUCCAUUUGAGCUUGCGAUACCUCGUUGAGAUCACUCUUAGAAGUUUCAAAUGAUUGAAAUAACAUAAUGCAGAAAGCAUUCCUUUAGAAGGUCAUGUAAUGUGAUAGGCUGCACAUUGAACUGUCAUGUUCCAAUAUUGGUGCUUUGCAAACUGAAUUUUUUGAAGAAACUGUCAACUGAGGUAUAAAAACAUCUUAUGGGGUUAACUCAAUUAAUCUUGAAUCGGAAGGUUUUCUGAAGGCCAGCUAGAACCAAAAGCUUCAAGAAAAGAUUAAUGAUUUUAAAAUCUUAAUUUUAUGUGUUAAUCAAAACAAAUGGGUCUGCACUGAAAAUUGUUAGCAAUUUCUAGACCAUAGUGACCCUGCCGAUUUAAAAUGUAAUAUUCUGCCUUUAGAAAUACCCAAUCUCUAAAAAUGUGUAUUUUUCAAGGGCGUUUGGUUACACAAUCAUACGGCCUCGAGAACUACGAUUUGUACUGUAAAGUUAUUCUGCAGAAGAGAAAUGGGGGUUUUACCAAGAACAAAUAGAUAUUGCAUUUUAGAGGUGAUCGAAUAUAUCUGCAGGGUUAAAACAUUUAUGUCUGCUACAAUGUAAUUUUUCACAUAAUUUCAAUCCUGAAGAUUAACAUUAGGCUAUUUAAUAUUGGCAAACUGCAGAAUAUUUGUAUGAAAUUCCUGUCUCUUUUAAUGUGUUAACCUUGUAUGUUGUUAACAAAGGACUAAAAUAAGGGAAAGAGAAUUUUCAUGUAAGUGCAUUCAGAGGUAUUACUUUAGUCACAUUAGUUGUGCUAAAGUAUUAAUAUUGCACAGUGCAGUUUCAUUGCACUCUGUAAUUGUAUAUGCCGAAUGUGUAAAUCUGCACCAUUCACCAACCAGUUGUCACUAGGCCUGUAGUAAGGUUUAAGGCAUCUUUCCUUGAAUUUUAGUUUCUAUGUUUCUUAGACAUGUAAGUCACUUAAAAAAAUCUUUGUGCACAAUGAUUCUAUCUCUAACCACUCCUGGAUUAGAUGUGUAUUCAACCUCGGCCUAACUCAUUUAGUUGUAUGGCUCCUUUCCAACUGUUUCAGAAACUCUUUUCUCCUUUCAGAUUGAUCUCUGUAUUAUUUCAAUGAUAUUCCAUUUUUUCUUCAUUCUUGCUAGCGUUUAAACACUUCUGAAAUUAAAGAGCGAUGGUUAUUUGUGCUAGCACAAGCUAAGUUAAGCAGUUUGAACAGUUGUAAUUUACAAAGGUGGUUAGGGGGGUGUCAUAUGCACACAGCAGAAUUUGGGUUCUACAAAGAUAUUUAUAUAAACAUGUUAUGGGAUACUUUUACAGAUAUUUUUACUUGUAUUUUUUGAUACUGUGGUCUUAUUGAUAAAUGAUUCAAUGUAAAUAAAUUCUAAAGCACAGCAGCUUUGAUGAACAUUAUUUAACCUGCUAACAAUAAGAGACGAUGACUUAAAAUAUUUUGACAUGUCAGAUUAAGAUACUCAUUCUUAAACAUGAGUUUCUUUGAGGGGGAAAAAAAACAAUCCUCCUUAAUGCUAUAAUGGUUUUGGAAGGUGGAAAUUAAACAGCUAAAAUGUGUAACUUGCUCCCAGGAGGACACAAAUUAUUGUGUAUCCUUAAUAAACCAAGUGUGUUCAAGCACUGAACAAGCAUCCUCUCAACUAGAAAUCUGUUUCCCAAAUUACAAUAUGUGAACUGCUGAUGCUGAAACAAACAAUAAAUAUUUUUAUUUGGGUGUUUAGUAGUUUGCGUCUUUUAAUUAACAAGCUAAUUAAAUAUCCCUUCAAGGUUACUAAAACCUAAACUGUACUCGUAAUUAAUAUGUUGCAUCAUUACAGAUCAAAGAUUUAAAAAUAAUCAUCUCCAUCAGGAGAAAGAUACUUUUAAUCUGUACAAAGAAAAAAGUUGUUGCAAUUAUUUUAGAACAUUUCUAUAGAUGCAUUUCUAAAAGAAAUAAAUAAUUCUUUGGUUGAUUAAGUCAGAUUUUUAGGUCAUGGAACAUGCAUAUAAGAACAAUGCCUAUGCUCCAGAUAGUAACAUUUGGCAUUUAGCCCUCAUGGAUUACUAAUGGAAAAUUACCAAGAAUUCUUCUCUGCCAAUUAUUACUUAUCGAUCUCCACAAACUACACGAGUGCCUUGAAUUUCCUCCACAUUUGCACUUUGGCGUUGCACAAACCUGGGUACAAACCAACUAUGUGGCUUAUAAAAUCUAAACAUUUGACACAAAUUAUGCACUUGUGUACAAGGUGUCCAUAUUUCAUCAGCCGUUCACAGCAGGCUAUUGAUCACUUUGCCAAAUACACUCAUCUUUAAAACUGGCCCCAAGCUGCUAGCAGAACCUCUGAUGGAUUUCCAUCAAUUGUGAUCGCUCAUUCAGGUCUCUUCAUUUGUGCACAAUGGGAAUGGAUUGUUGUUUCUGGCGAUGUUUGCAAUUUCUUGACUUGAUUUUCAAACAAAAAAUUGAAUUGCUCUGAAACAUAGUUUCAUUUUAGUGCAGUUUUAUACUUUAUGUAAUGCUCCCCCAAUUUCAGGUUCUUAAACUUGCAUGAAUGUUGAUUGAAUGCAUUAAUGUUUAAACGUAAAACGCAAGUAUGGCCUUGUGUUUGAUAGUUUACAUUUAUUCACAACCUGUCCGUGUUUCUCCAUCCCCCCUCCUCCUCUCCCUGCACAUCAUAGAAUAGGAAAUUUAGUAGAUAAUUUAACAGGAUAGUGGCAUAAAAGGCACCUUCUGGUUCAAUUUACAGAUUGCAUCCAUGGAUAAGCUCCAGGCCUGGGUGAUAAUACAGGUUCAGCCAAUGUGCAUUCAUCACAAAUCAUGAAUUAAAUCUACAAUAUUACUUUGAACUAUUUUCAGCUAAUAAGCAAUAACUAGAAGUCAAGACAAAUAUGAUUGAAAGAAAGUAAAACAAAAUGUCUUAAAAAUAGUUGGGUGAAAAAAAUAAGUAAAAACAGGAAACGUUAAUAAAAAAAAUAGCUGGUAAUUCAGGGUGAUGUGUAGUCGAUGUGUUUCUGGGUUUGCUUCUAGUAAUAUUUUCAGAAUGAUGCUCUAAAAGAGGAUUGAUGGAAAGGUAGAGGGUCUCAAAGGAAGGACAGGCAGGGAGAGAUUAAUGAACAUGGUGAAACUGUAUGGGCUAAAGUGUGUUUAUUUCAGUGCAAGGAGCUGCCGUGGGUACAGAGGUUGAACUUAAGAGCCUGGAUCAGUGCAUGGAAGUAUGAUGUUAUGGGCAUUAUGAAGACUUGGUUGUGAGGGAAUAACAGUAUUGGCAGCUCAACAUCCGGGAUUUCCAUGUUUUAGAUGUGAUAGCGGUAGAGGCAAAAGAGGUGAAGGAUUAAUAAUCAAGAAAAAAUGUCACAGAGGCACUUGGGGAAACGUAUUAGAGGGUUCAUUUGCUGAGGAAAUAUGAUUAGAGUUCAAAAAUAGGAAAGCUGCAAUUGCUCUGAUUGGAAUAUAUAUUAUAGGCCUCCCAAUCGAUAGCGGAGAUGGAGGAACAGACAUGUAGACUGAUUGUGGAAAAAUGCAGAAGGAACAGGGAUCUUGUGGGUGACUUUAACUUACCCAAUAUUGACUAAGAUUUAAUGCUAAGUGGCUCAGAUGCUCCGGAACUUGCUAUGUGUACCCAAGAGGGUGUCCUGAAAAAUAUAUGAAUAGUCCAACCCAAGGCAAGCCCAUAAUGGACCUUGUAUUGGGAAAUUAGCCUUGUUGAUCCAGAUGACUUGUUUUUCAGUGGAAGAGCAAUUUGGGAACAGUGAUCACAGCUCUGCAUGUUUUAAGAUAGUUCUGAAUGCAGAUAAGUCUGGACAUUGCGGGAGAAGGCAGGGGUGAAUUAUCGUAAGGAGUUAGGGAGAGUAAAUUGUUAGCUGUGUCGUCGGGUAAAUCCACAUCAGACAUAUGGGAGUCAUGUAAAGAAUGGCUGAUCAGCCUUCAGGACUGGCAAAGUUCCAGUAAGGUGGAAGGAUCAGGGUGGUAAUGUAAGGGAAUCUUGGAUAACCAGUGGGGUUGUACAUUUGGUCAAAAAGAAAGAAAGGAAGCACAUGCAUGGUUCAGGAAUGUCAAGUUGGACCGGGCCUUUGAAGAACAUAACGAAAGCAAGAAGGAAUUCAAACAGGGAAUUGGAAGGGCCAAAAGGGGCCAUGGAAUGGCAUUGGCAAAUUAGAUUAAAGAAUAUCCCAAGGCUCGUUAUGUACAUCAAAAUCACAAGGGUGAAGGUAGAAUCACUCAAAGAUAAAGGAGAGAAUUUAUGUUUGGAGUCAGGGGAUGUAAAUUAAUUAUUUCAUCUGUAUUAAUCAAGGAGAAGGAAAUGUAGUGCGAUCAGUGUGGGCUAAUAUGCCAGGGUAGUUUGUGAUCAAGAGGCAGUGUUGGGUCUCGUGGAAAACAUCAAGGUGGGUAAAUCCCCAGUGCCUGAGAGUAGCCAAGUUGUUCCUGUGUUUAAGAAGGGAAGCAGAGAUAAUCUAGGAAAUUAUAGGCCAGUGAUUGUGUCUCCUAUAACUUGUCUAUGUGUCAGUAAUAGAGAAGUUAUAGGAGAGAGUUCUUCAGGAUAGUAAUUGCUCGUGUUUAAUCAUGAAUUCCUAACUUGAUUAAGAUUUUGAGGAGGUGACGAAGAUGAUUGAUGAAGGUAGGGUGGUGGAUGUUGUCUGCAUGGAAUUUAGUGAGGUAUUUGAUAACUCUCUGGAUUGGCCUACCAUGAGGGACUUUAAGAAGAUUAAGAUGCAUGGGAUCCAUGGUGUCUUGGUAGUUGGGAUUCAGAACCAACUUACCCAGAGAAAACAGAGUAGUGAUGGAUCAGUGUUAUGGAGGCUGAAGAUGUGUUACCUACGGUGUUCUACAGGGGUCUGUUCCGGGGCUUCUGAUGUUUAUUAUAUACCACUUGAACUGAAAAUUUAGAUGGGCUGGUUAGUAAGUUUGCAGACAACAUCAAAGGAUACAGCAGGAUAUAGUUCAGCUACAAAUAUAGGUGGAGAAUUGGUAGAUGGAAUGUAAUCCGAGCAAGUGUGAUGUGUUGCCUUUGGGAGAUUGAAUGUAAGGGGGAAGUAUUCAGUUAAUGCCAAGACCCUUAACAGCAUUGAUGUACAGAGGGAUCUUAUGGUCCAAUUUCAUAGCUCCCUCAAAGGGGCAACACAAGUAGUAAAGAAGGUGUAUGAUAUACUUGACUUCAUCAAUUGGGGCAUUGAGUGCAAGAGUCGGGUAAUCAUGUUGCAACUCUGUAAAACUUUGGUCUGACCCCUGUGGAAUAUUGUGUGCGGUUAUCGUUGCUGCAUUACAGGAAGGGUAUGGAGGCUUCUGAGAGGGUGAAUGCACCACGUUUACCAGAAUGCUGCCUGGAUUACAGGAUAUAAGCCAUAAUGAAAGAUUGGUUAAACACAUUAUUUUAUCUGGCGGUUGAGAGGAAGCCUGAUAGAAGUACGUAAAAUUAUAAGAGUAGAUAAUCAGAACAUGUUUCACAGGAUGGAAAUGUCAAAGGCUAGAGAGCAUAGCUUUAAUGUCAGAGGGGUUAAAGUGUGAAGGAGAUGUGUGGGUUAGUUUUUUCUAAUGCAGAGUGUGGUGGGUGUCAAGAACGAGCUGCCAGGAGUGGUGGUAGAAGCAAAUAUGAAAGUGGCAUGUAAGAGGCUUUUAGAAGGUGUACCGAUAUGCAGUAAAUGGAGGAUGCAGGCAGAGGAGAUUAGAUUAAUUUGGCACAAUGGCACAGACAUUGUUGGCUGAAAAGACGCUUCCUGCCCAAUACUCUUGUAUGUCUAUAUAAAAUUCUACUUUUUGUCUUUCGGAAUUUAACUUUACCAUUUUAGAUCACAUUUUGCAGAAGAUAACAGUACAAUAUUGACACCACAAUGCAUAUGCAGGAUCCAUUAGUAAUUAUGUGGAUGUUUCUCCAGCACGUCUCACUAAGAUGUUGUUAUCCCUCCCGCCACCAAUGGUUGAGCACUUCAAUGCAACUUUAUAUGUCACACAUGCAACUGCACAGUGAAAUUCAUUUUGCACACAUUACCCAUUUUGGCGCCAUUAUUCAAACUCCAAAGUCCGCUCGCUGUACUGGAGCGGUUCCCGCCAGGCUUGUAGAGAGGCACCUCCCUCCCGCCCCCGAAACAGUCCACAAACAACUGCUGACCAAACACCUUGCACAUGGAUUAUACACUAAGGGCACAGAGACAGACAAGUAUUAUUUUAUCCAUUCCAUACAAUAUGGUAGCGUAUAUCAAAGGGAAGGUACUUUCCAUUUUUAAGUUGGCAACUAAAGUGUGUAUCUUUAAAGGCGUACGAUGAACAAAUUACCAACUACACUUUAAGUAUGACAUUGAAUUUAUAAAAUAACCUUCAUCCAUUGUUUCUCCACAGCCACCUCUAUAUCUCCCCUUGCAUUUCUUGCUUUAUUUGUUUAUGAUAAACAUAAUGUGUUAACAUUUCUAUUCUUGAAGAAUUGUGAGAUACUGAGCAAAGCACUGAUGAUAACAUGUUUAAGAAAGAACUGCAGAUGCUGGAAAAAAUUGAAGGUAGACAAAAAUACUGGAGAAACUCAGCGGGUGAGGCAGCAUCUAUGGAGAGAAGGAAUAGGUGAUGGGGGAUCAGGGGGUACGGAGAGGAGGCAGGUACGGGGUACUGAGUUGGAUGAUCAGCCAUGAUCAUAUUGAAUGGCUAAAGGCUUGAAGGGCUAAAUGGCCUACUCCUGCACCUAUUUUCUAUGUUUCUAAACGUCACCUAUUCCAUCUCUUCAUAGAUGCUGCCUCACCCGCCGAGUUUCUCCAGCACUUUUGUCUACCUGCACUGAUGAUAACAAAUACUUUGGUUUAUUCAACCAAGGGCAAAAUGCACAUCAUUAAUAAGCAGUUAUUUUAUAGCAAGUAAUAUAUUGAAAAUAUCUUGUUAUAGACAGCUAAACUGCAGGAAAACCAAAAUGACAUUUCAACAUUACCUUUAAAACCUGCACUCUAAAUAAACUGAAGAGCCAAAGCUAGCAGUUGUGUUUUAGCACAAGAGUAAAGAGGACAUACUGAAAGAAUAGACAAAAAGCUAUUCAAAUGGAAACCUAUUUAUUAAUGGAUGCAAGCAAAUCCUUUGUGACAAUUGAAAAAUUGUACUUGAUCCAAACAAAUGGGACAAUGCUGGCAUUUUGUUUUACAAACAACAGCAAUUUAACGAUUUUGUGCAAUGCUCAAGUUACAACUCAAAAUCAGUUCUGCUCCCUUUUGUCAUUUAAUUGCUUACUAAUUGGAUUUGAUGCAUUUGAGCAUGGAAAAUAAGAUUAUAAAUAGCAACGAAGUAAAAUGAGCUUUGAGUUGAGUUAACUUGCGUUUUCAUUUCCCCAUCUCAGGAUUUGUUUGUCCUUCUCAAAUCUCUGCCUUUUAAUGAUCUAUGUAAGCAAUCCGAUCUCCCAUUCUUCCAAAAUAUAUCUCUAAAGAAAAGUCCAGACCUUAAACGUUACCUACCCAUGUCUUCCGUGGAUACUGCCUGAUCCACUGAGUUACUCCUGCCUGAUCCACUGAGUUACUGUGUGUAGUCUUUUUUUGUUUGUAACUAGCAUCUGUAGUUCCUUGUGUCCUAAUUUAAAGUCAUUUUCAUGAACUAAUCAUGCAAAGCCCUGUGCAUUUGAAUUGGCAGAUAGAUUUUGGCAUAACUAUUUUUAUUUGCUGUGUGUGUAUGUGUGUGUGUGUAUGCAUUUACGGGGGGGGGUCAAACAUUAGGAGAUAUACCUCAACAAAGGCAAAUAUGACUGCAAAAAGAGUAGAACUUCUCAAUAAAGUUGUGCAACCAUAUAUCUUUAACACUUAAUUUUUACAAUUAUUAGCUUAAGUUUAUUAUUGGGCAGCAUGCCUGCUGUUUAUAAUGGACACAUGCUCCAUGUUGGUCUAAUCAUGGGCAAUUAUAGAUGCUCGGUGUUAAACUUGACUGUAUUUAAGAUGCAUUCUUUUUCUUGGUGAAAUUGUAUUUUUGUUCAGAGUCAGUUUCGUGCAGAUAUGUGUAAUAAAUCACAAUAACGAUUGAUUAACAUUAUGCAUUACCAGUGACAUUUCAGCUGCUGAACUUCGAUGUUUAUACUGUUUUAUUCAGCAUUCUCACUGAUUUCCUGAGGCACCAGAAAUCAGUGCAGUAUUGGCUGAAUCUAUUGAACCUGUGGAGUCGCUGUAAACAGAUACCAUAUCAAUUUACAGCAAUGGAAUGAAUAUUUGUGCUUUGGGAAAUGCAACUUACAUUCAUGGGGAAAUGGUAGCAAAGAUAUAGUCAACAGAUAACAGGUAUAAAAUAUGAGUUAUAAAAGCUAAUAUGGUUGUUAUAGAGUUGCCAUUUUAUUGUUCGCCUCAGCAGUACCCAGUAUUGUAGCAGUCAUUCGUAAAAGAAAAAAACAUUUUGGGAUUUCAGUAACCAAUGGUUUAUUAUCAUCACAUGUACAAUGUAAAACUUUAUUUUGUGUUCUGUCCAGACAAAUCACACCAUACACGAGUACAUCAGCUAGGGUAAAAGAGAAAAGAGAGAGCGUCAGAUACAGUCAAAUUAAAAAAAUGUGCAAUGACGUAGACUGGGAGAUUGGGAAUUCAUUCAUGGCGUUUGAGAGAUCAAAAGAGUCUGUUAUCAGUUGGGAAGAAGCUGUUCUUGAACCUGUUGGUUCACGCUUUAAGCUUUUGUGUCCUGUACCCAAAACGAGGAAUGACUGGGUAUAAGUGGUCAUUGAUUAUAUUGAUCGCUUUCCCAAGACCGCAUGUAGUAUAGAUUGAGUUGAGAGGUGGGGGGGGGCUGGUUUGCACGAUGAACUGGGCUGCAUUCACAACUCCUUAUACAUUAUUCUAUGCAUUAAUUAAAAUGCAAAUAUAAAUAAUCCAUUAAAGCUAACUCUAUUAAUUAUAGUGUGCAUUGUAAUUAUUGAAUGCCCAGGUAUAUAGAGUUAUAGAGAGAUGCAGCAUGAAAGCAGGCCCUUCAGUCCACCAAGUGCCAACCAUCACGCAUUCAUUUUAAUCUUCCCCAAAACCACAGACCCAACAUCUACACAUUGGGGCAAUUUAGAGUGGCCAUUUAAUCUACCAAUCCGCAUAUUUUUGGAGUGGGAGGUGACCGGAGCAUUUGCGGGAAACCUAUGCGGUCACAGGUAGAAGGAUCAAACUCCAAAGAGACAGUAUCGGAAGUCAAGAUUGAACCUGGCUUAUUGGACAUAUAAGAAGCAGCUCUAUUAGCACACUGCUGCUCCAUCCAUCCCAUGAUGCUGCUGUGCUUUUCCAUAGGUGCAGGAGGAGGCCAUUCGGCCCUUUGAGCCAGCACCACCAUUCAAUAUGAUCAUCCAUCCAAAAUCAGUACCCUGUUCCUGCUGUUUCCCCAUAUCCCUUGAUUCCAUUAGCCCCAAGAGGUAAAUCUAAUUCUCUUGAAAGCAUCCAGUGAAUUGGCCUCCACUGCCUUCUGUGGCAGAGAAUUCCACAGAUUCACAACUCACUGAGUGAAAAAGUUUUUCCUCAUCUCAGUCCUAAAUGGCCCUCCCCUUAUUUGUGUUCAAGUUUUAAUCAACUUUUAACUAAUUACAUUUAUUCUAUAUGAUGUGUACUAUGCUAAUUGUUUCCAGCUGAAUCAUGAUUCUUCUCUAUUCAGCCUUUUGAUAGUCAAUCAUAGAUAGAUAUAUGAUUUGUAUUUCUGGCAUUUCAGUGAAUGAGAUUAUUCACAUGUUUUGUUAAUAUGUUCAUGCAAAUGAGAUCUGCAAAGCACAGUGAAUUCAAUUUGCUUUUUUGGUUGCGCAUUUUCUAACUGCAUAAACAAGAAUUAAAACACUAAGAAUUUGUGAUUGAAGAUGAGCUUCUCGAUUCUGUUUGGACAAAUCACAGCAGCAGUCAACAUUUUUUUAUUUAAUAUGGGAAAUCUCUUCCAAAAAUGAUUAUUUAGAAAUGAUCUCAAAAAUGUUGCACAAAACUCCAAAAAUGUAGAGGUUGGGGUUUCUGUUUCCAAAAUUUGGUGCCAUUGCUUUUGGUGGAAUUUCAGAAUGGAGAACGCCAUGAAUUUCAGAAUGGAGAACACCAUUGUUACUAGAUAGAACCUAGAACAGAACAGUACAGCACAGAAACAGGGCCUUUGGCCUACAAUGUCUGUGCCAUAACAUGAUGCGAGGUUAAACUAAUCUCAUCUGCCUGUACGUACUACCCAGCACAUGUCAUGCUUCUGGCUGAGGUUGAAUUUCUGGGCAGACCUCUGCACCAUGUUGUAAAGGAGAACUGGUGUUCGCUGCAAAGAAUAUUAUUCUGAAGGAACAAAAAUCCAGUUUCCCAUUAAAUUUUUCAGACAUAUUGAUUAUUUUUUUAAAUAAAUUAUGAUUUUUGUAUUUUUAAAGUUAAACCAGGACCAAUGACAUCUUGGAUUUAUUGCAACUCCUAUAAAAACAUGGAUAGAUAUCCCAAGAUAGAGAGGUCACCAGGAUACAAAAUAUGAAUGUCUGAGGUAAUGGAGAAACUGGCAUCAUUUUGGGCUUGAUGAAAUAUAAUAUUGAUAAGAACGAGCCAUUAAGCUUAUUGAUUUCAUACGAUGUGUAAUCUAUGUUGUCUUCUGUUUAAUCUUCUCCGUGUUCUGCAUAAAUACUUGCCAUUCAUCCAAGCAAAUUCUCCCAGCACCAGCAAACAAAGCUUCUAGACUUCAGUUUCCAAGAUUAGAAAAAAAUAUUUUAUUUAGUUACGUAUUAACAUGUGAAUCAGUAACUAAUUCUGUAAAGUUAGCUGGCGAAUUCCCAUCAUCGCAUCCAUCACGGUGAACAAACCCAGAGGUUUUCUUCUUUGAAAUGCGCAAAAAGUAAGGAUAAGGUGAAGAUUAGUUACUGGAGGAUCGCAAUGCUCUGCAUCUGACAAGCAUUUCUUGAAAGCAUUGUUAGUUUAUCCAAGAAUGAGGAUACUGCUGUGAAAUCCACCGUUCCUCUAGCACACAUCAGAAAUCUUGAGUGAUUGCUGGGAGGGUUGAUAUUCACGAGUUACAGGCGGCAGUUUUCUCCAUUGAUUCACAUUUCCCCCAUCUAUAUGUUUAACACCUUUAUUUGUAGCUAUGUUGCCAUUGUAAUUGGGUUCUCUUAAAAUCAUGCUGUUGAAGUUCUAUAAUCGAUUAUUGAUUCUCGGAUUAAAACUAGUAAUAUUCUUACAUUUUGGAAACCCUGAUAAUUUUUUUGAUUAGUAAAUGUUGGCACAAUGUAUAAAACAACAGGAUACCCCAUGAAGGGUGUAUAAUGUGUGUAAACAUUCACCCUACUGGUCUUUAUGAAAUGGGAAACAUAACAAUUGGAUACGUACAUGAAUUUGUCCGCACUUGUAAAUGUUUACUGCUGUUAUAUGUAUUUAUAAUAAAUUCAACAGAGGUUUUGAUCCAUAAACCACACUGGAUUAUAGAGAAAAGGGCUGCACUAACUCGCGUACCGGAAGAAAACCCAACAAUGGCAACUAAUAAAUAAACUUGCUUUUGACUGUAAAUAAUGUCAUUUUGUUUCCUUAUUUUGACAGUGAAUUAUGAUGUAAAGCUAACUUACCAGCAAAUGGCUGCUACAUUUUUCUGUAUAAAGUCUGAUUGUUGUGUGUGUGUCAAUAAAUACAUUUUCUCAUUUGUUCCAUA